CACUGCUGCUCCACUCAUCAUCCCUCCACACACAGGAUUCCCGCGCCUGGUUCACACGGGCUGUCCGCUGUGUAUCACGCAGCUUUCACGCAGACUAUCAGCCCCUGAUCACGCGUCCACUUCCUCCUGAUUGGCUGCCGCCUCCCCACACCGCGGCCUGUGAUUGGUCGGCGGUGAAAGCACGCUCUCUCGUGCUGUGAAAUGUCUGAAUUAAAGUGAUAACAGUGGAAGCGCGUGCCUCCAUCCCCUCAGUCCGCCCUGACGGCCCUUUAAACGCGCGCGAGCAGCUUUUACAGGGUUACACUCCGCUUUUACACACUUUUUUUUUCAUAGCUUUCAGAUAGAUAAUGCUUUUAGCCUGACGACAUGACUCAUUUGCAUCGUGGCUCUUCCCUGCAUAGCAAUGCCACGCCUUUCCGCACGACGAUUGGCUGAUCUGCACGUCUGUCAGCGAGUGCGCGGCUUUAGAAGCACUUCGCCAGCCAAUCAGAGCGCGGGAUUUUCGGGCCUUGCCGGAAAACAGGUGUGAAAUAAAGAUGUUCUGCUGGAUGGAAGCCUGGAGGACUGGACGGAUCUGCAGGCGGUGGAAGCGCUGGUAUCUAUGAGGAGUAAAUGUAAAGGUAGAAGUUUCCGGCGUAAAGAGCCUCGGCCCCUGACGCCCUCCUCGGAUUCCUGUGAGGAGUCGUUGUGUUCAGGUCCUGCUGAUUUCCAGGACUCUGCUUUGACGCUCCAGUGCAUGACCCCGCCCUACAGCCCUCCAGCGACUGAAGCAGUUCAGAUCAGCACACUGGAGGGUUUGGAUCCCGGCGCUCGACCCGCCUCCCCGCCGCCAUCGGGCCGAGCCAUCAGUGUGAUCCGACACACAUCUGACCCGCUGCCCGACCGGACCUGCACCCUUAACCUCCAACCCAGCCCUCCCAGCUUCAGUUUCCAGUCUGGCAGCGAGACGGGGGCAAAUCAGGACUCUCCGAACCCCGGCACCCCCACCCUGCCCACUGCCCCACCAGCCCCACCCUCCGUAACUCUACCCAGCCCUGGAGCUCCUCCUGCCAGCAUGUCCUCAGUAGCACUAUUCCAGAUCCUUCCACUCACGCCCCCCAUUAACGCCCCACCCCCGCCCGCCGCUAACCCCUCCGGACCCCCGGCCGUUUUGGUCUGCGGUUCUGUGGUGGGCAGUCAGGCUCCCGCCGGCCCCAUCGUGGUUCUCCUGCCUCAGCCAGCUAUGGUUUUGACCACCAGCACCGGGUGUAAGUUCACUGCCAUCGCCCCUGCCCCGGGUCACGGCACCACUUUUACAAAGACUGCUCCCCCGCCCGAACCGCCCAGGCCGCGCUGCCACGUCUGCACCCACCCCGACUGCGGCAAGACCUACUUCAAGAGCUCACAUCUCAAAGCUCACCUGCGGACUCAUACAGGUGAGAAGCCGUUUACCUGUCAGUGGGACGGCUGCGGGAGGCGCUUCUCUCGCUCGGACGAACUUUCCCGCCACCGGCGAUCACACACCGGCGAAAAGCGCUUCUCCUGCCCCAUCUGCCACAGUCGCUUCAUGCGCAGCGACCACCUGUCCAAACACGCCCGGCGCCAUCUAAUGGCCAGGAGGACUCCCGCCUGGCAGACGGAGCUUAACCGACUUCACAGUAUCGCCAGCGGGGGGCGCACUAUCCUCCCUCUCCAUCCAAAACCCAGGAGCUGAGGAACGGACUCGGACCCAACAGGGUCUACUAAGAACUUCAAAGCGUUUGACAUUGUUUCCAUGGAUUUUGGGGGUCCUACACUGUACUUCACAAUGUACUUUACAAUUUACUCGGCCUUGGCCAGACAUUUUCUUUUCUUUUUAUAUAUAAAUGAAUAGUUUGGAUGUAUUGUAUGACCUGCAGUUUAUUUAGACCAAUGUUAUGCAUUUGUUAAAUUCACAGCUCUGUUCUGGGAGCUGCGUCAUUGGUUGAAGUUUAGGUAAUCUCAGAUUUUGCUAUUUAGCUUUCAGUAAUGGUAAAAUGUGAGUUUAAACACCAUAUUGUUUCUGUCCAAUGAAAAACAUUUCUUCAAAACAGCAACUUUACAGGAGAGAGAAAAAACCUUGUAAAUUUUCAAUGGAAUUCAAUGUAAAAAGAAUUUAUUUCAGGUCAUUUUGAAGAGUUUCUAUUGGUCGGUUCAUCAGGAAAUUUUGGCACAGUGUAAGAGACAGUUUGUCUGUUCAAAUUAUGUAGUAAACUAAAAAUCAAACAAAAUGGAGAUAAGUGUUUUUAAUUGGACAGUGACGAUAUUCACCCUCAAUAUCAGCAUAUUCCCUGUUCUGGGGUUAAUAAUGCGUGUUCUAUUAUGUUAACAUUCAUAAAGUUGCCGCCUUCCACUACUUAAUAGAGGAUAAAAGUCUUGUUAUUACAUCCAUCAUUGAUUGAAGUUACAGAGGCAGCACAACUGAAUGUUUAACCUCUAGGGGACGUCAUAGUCAAGUUUCCAACAGCAAAAGUGUAAUUGUGCCAAAGUAUCAAGAGUACCUUUAAUAUUAGUGGGUCUAAGCAUCUAAGAGAGUUUAUAACAGGUGUCAGGAAGGAGGCGGGGCUUAAUAUCAGGAGGAGGUGUAGCAGAGAGUUUUUUACGUCUCAAUUCGUUGGUUCAACCAAUGGAAGUGUUAGCAUUCAUAAAGUUGUCGCCCACCUCUACAUAAUCGUGGGAAAAUUCUUGUAAUUACACAUUAUUAUCAAUUUAACUGAAUUUUCAGCCUCUAAGGAGCGCACUAGCCAGGUUUCUUUAACUCCGCCUCCAGCAACAUUACGGGGUUGAUAACAAGUGUUAGGAGGCGGGGCUUAGUAAAAGGAGGCGGUAGAGUAGAACAUAGCCAAUCG